AGCACAUUUUGUCUUACUCUGAUUUUGAAAAUUGGUCUUUUACCUAUAUUUUUUCGUAUUUUUAAUUUUUAUUCCUUCAGUAUCCAAAGUUAGUGCUAAAGGUUUAUGGUCUUACCUGAGACGCAGCUGAACGUCAUUGGAGUAACUGAGUGUCACUCUCAAUGACUGGUUGACCUCCCUGUGUUAAUGCCGAGAAACUGAAUAGAUGAUACGAUAACACAGAAAAUAAAAGAACUGUUGUCAGUUUAUCAUUACCCGCGUUUCUUAAUGUGUAUGGCCAAAAGAGGUACCUUUGUUCGUACUUGUGAUUGAUUACUGGCCUUUGUACUGAAGAACUGUCCUGUGUUUUGGAUGCAGGCUAGCGAGCAAACCGACGUCCUGGAAAGACAUACUUAGUUUGGUUUUAAGAUCACAUCAUGUGGGACGCGGAGAUCAGAGGCAUGGCGUCAGCCCACGCCAUCAUUGCCUCCUCUGUUUUCAUGGCAACCGUCAUGCCCGCCGUGCUAGUGGAAAAGUUUUCGGUAUAUGGGACCCACCUGGUUUGGCUGUAUUCUGUCGCUGGAUCCGUCGCUGUGGUCAACAUCGCCGUAUAUUGGCUCCUCGGCAUUGGCCCACCGACAAAGAAGAAUACACUGAGUUACAAAGUGUCUAGAUUGAUCCGGUCCUGUCUAUACUUUCUCUUCUCGUGCCUGUUUUUCCAUACUGUGGUGGUGCUGUAUGGAGCACCUCUCCUAGAGUCUGCUGUGGAGACGUUCUCUCUGGCUGUGCUGCUGUCCACCCUGACGACACUGAGGUGCCUUUGUAUCCUGGGCCCUAACGUUCAGGCGUGGAUUCGAGUUUUCAGCCGUGAUGGGGCAAUGUCUGUAUGGGACACUUCUCUGCAGAUAACUACUGGGUGCAGUGUUGUUGGAGCCUGGCUUGGGGCUUUUCCCAUUCCUCUGGACUGGGAUAGACCAUGGCAGGUGUGGCCUAUUUCUUGCACACUGGGUGCCACCAUUGGGUUCCUGACAGGUUUGGUUGCUGCGCCAGUAUGGAUCCACUGGCAUCGCAAGCAGCUGACCUACAAGAUCAAAUGAAGGGCAAAAUGGCUUGAAGCUAAAGGCCAGGUAGACGUGGGAGAGAGAGGACUUCCCAGAGGUAUACAAGUUCACAGACAGAGCACCAUGAUGUCCAAAACAUGCCCGCAACCCCUUCGAAGAAACGACAGACAUUGUCUACUGAGGUCAAAAGCACAAUUAUUUAAAAAAAGAAAAAAAAAAAAGUUUUUUUUUGUCAUGAAUAUGAAAAAAAGACAUCACGCUCUUGUCUCCUAUGCUUGUA